AUGCCAGGGGAAUCUUCUCUUCAUCUUCAAGAAGAAAAUUAUGAUGAGGAGGACACAUUAGAGCUUCGAAGGGAAGUUUCAGUCUCCAAUAAUGUAGAAGAAGAUAAAGUUGAGACGCCACAUGAAGAGCAGGGAAAAGCCACAGGCAUCAUAGAUGUUGUGCCAGCAACACGGGUUUUGAAGAAAAAGAAACUGAAGAUAAAUAUGCACAGACCAGUGGGAACGAGAGUUGUUUUUGAUGAUGAAGGCAACACACUGCCUCCACUCGCAACAUUAGCAGAUAUGAAGAGCGGCAAUGGCUCAAUUCAGCUAGACAAAGACAAAUCUUUAACUCUGGCAGUCAAUAAACGAUAUGAGGAGAUGAGGGAAGAGCUAAGGCGGCAGGAUGAGGAGGACAAGCUUCUAGACCGUCAACGUCGCAAAGAUAGGCGAAUGAAAGAAAAGAUGAAAUGGAAGAGAGAAAGGAAUGAAGAAGACGGUGUGGAGAGUGAGGAUCUUUCUGGCUCAGAAGGAGAGGCAAGUCGGGACCGGCUAACAAGAAGUCAAAAUAUAUUUUGA